AGCCCCCUGAUGAGGUUACAUAACGGGCUGCCGCUGUCUGCGCGGCUCCGUGCCCCCCGGGUUACAAGCGUGGCACGGGGAGGGGGUGCUGACUGAUGGGCUGAGCUGCUGGCUGCCGCGGCGUCCCCUGGAGUGGGCGGGGGACACGCGGGCCGGGAGGAAUGUUUGCAACACAGCUGGAGAAGAUCCAGAGUAGCAGCCGGCGGCUGCCGCCACCCAGCCCGGGCAUCGGCGCUGCUGGGCAGGGCACCGCUCGCCAUUGCUCUCGCCUCCCUGGCUUGCAUGUGGCGGGGGCGGGCGGUGUCAGGCCGGUCGGGGACAGGACAGAGGAGGGGAGGGAGCCCGUGAAGGAGGGGCCUCCGCAAACGCCCUUCAAACCCUGCAGGCGCCACUGCAGCAGCUGGCUGCUCCCGGAUUCCUCCUGCAGAGGCUCGUCCCAAGCAGCCCCCCGCCACCCAUGCCCCUGCUGGGGAGCUGAGCAGAAAUUGGAAAUCUAGUCUGGACAGUUUCACCAGAAGGGGUUCCAAGUUCAUAAUCUGAAGGUUGCAGUUUCCACUAAUGCAAUGACUCAGCAGCCCCAGGAUGAAUUUGACAUGAGUGUGGAGAAUGCAGAAGCCUGGAUGAAAGCCAUCCAGGAGAGACUGCGGAUCAAUGAUAACACCAAGGGACCUCGGUCUGCCCUGGAAGCCAGGCUAAGAGAGACUGAGAAAAUUUGUGCGUUGGAGCCAGAAGGUCGAGUGAAAAUGGAUUUGGUCCUGAUAAAAGCAGAUGCCCUUCUUCGCUGUAUCAGCGAGGAGGAAAAGCAUGAGAUACUAGCCAAACUGAAAGACAUUAAAGCCAUGUGGGAAGAAACAGCCAUCUACAUUACUCACUGCCACAGCCGUAUCGAAUGGGUGUGGCUGCACUGGAGUGAAUACUUGAAAGCCCAGGAUGAGUUUUACGUCUGGAUUCAUAACAUGAAGGUUACCUUGGAGCCUGACAUAGAACUGCAGCUCGGUUUAAAGGAGAAGCAAUGGCAGCUGAGCCACUCCCAGGUUCUGUUGAAUGAUGUCCUAAAUCAGUCAGUCCUGCUGGAAAGGCUGCUGGAGGAAGCUGCUUCCUUGUUUAACAGGAUAGGUGACCCGAGUGUCGAUGAGGAUGUCCAAAAGAAGAUGAAGGUGGAAUAUGAAGAAAUAAAGACAGAAGCUCAGUGCAGAGUUAAAUUGCUUGAAAAGAUAACGAAGGAACAUGAACAAUACAAGACCAAUGUCGACCAAUUUCAAUCGUGGCUGAAUGGCGUGACUGAAAGAUUGAACAGCUGCAUCGGAGAAACAACAAAGUUGCCAGCAGACAAUGGGCUAAAGACAUUGCAGAACAUUACCAAAGAUGUUAAGCGUGGUGAAAAGAAAUUGAAAUGCCUGGAGGUUCAGUCUACAGGGGUGAUCCAGAACACAUCCCCCCUGGGAGCUGGGAAGAUGAAGGAUGAGUUGGAGGAGUUGAGGAAAGCCCUGGAAAAGUUGAAACUAAUAUGUGGUGAGGAAGAGGAGAGAAUACAUAAGAUCCUUAAGUCAGAAAGUGCCUUUCAGUCCCAAGUCAGACAGUUGGAAGCAGAGGUCCAGGAAUUCAGAAAGAUGCUACAAAGACUAGAAAAUGACCUGGAGUCAGAGGAGAAGCCGAAGAGUGAAGAGGAAUUAGUAGCUCUGUGGAGAAAAUACAUCGCAGCAAGAGCAGCGCUUGCAGCAGAAGAGCCAAAGGCUGAGAGACUGAAGGCUCAGCUUAAGGAAUUGUUCCGGUUUUCACAGAAUAUACAACCGCUCUCUGACGGUGUUGUAGCUGCAAUACGGGAAUAUCAAAGGGCCAAGGGAAAGACAUUUAAAAUGAGCACUGGGACUGAAACUGAGCUCAGGCAGAGUUUUCAAAAUCCACUGCGAGAGUUCCAGUCGUGGAAGCCAUCGGCUCAGAGACUUCUGGACUCCACUGCUAAUGUUGCUGAGCCCUCCCUGACACAUGCUUUCUUACUUCAGAUUGAGGCAUGCCUGGCUGAGAGUUCCCAAUUCAAGGAGAAGUUGAUGAUGUUACAGCUGAAGAAGGAUUUGCUAAGCAGUAUCUUUGGUGAAGAGAGAGCAAAGUCUCUCCUAGCAGAGGUAACCGAUACGGCAAAGGAGAGAGAAAUUCUACACAAAAGUCUGCUACAAAGGAAAAGCAGACUGCAGAGUUUGGUAACUCAACAUAAAGACUUUGAUGGAGGCUUUCUGCAUCUGCAAAAGAAGUUAUCUGCUAUCAGAGCCAAAGUAGAUCUAGAGAAUGAACCACAACCUGACCAUUCAGGUAAAGAAAGACGACUCCGGAGACUACAGAUGAUCCAAGAAGAAUUGGCAGAGUUUAUAGUUCAAAGGGAAGAGCUGCAGAAUCUAGUUCAGUCUAAUCCCACAGAUUUACCCCAGAUGGGAUUACCCCACAGAGAUAAAAUGAACCAGCUUUCAUCUGACUAUCAGACACUGAAGAGAUCUCUGGAGAUCAUCCUGGCACGGACCGAGAAACACAUUCAGGAGCAUUGGACGUUCAAUAAUAAACUGUCAGACCUUCAGGGGUGGAUCACAAUGACUGAACAGAAGUUGGAAUCCUAUCAGGAUGCCAGAGGGGAAAGGAACACAGAGAGCAGAGUCGCAGAUUUGGAGGGGCUGCUAGCUGAAUUCCCGGAUAAGGAGAUCCAGCUGCACCUUGUUGGGGCUCAUGGCCAGCUGGUGAUUGAGAGUUCUUCUCCAGAGGGGGCAGCACAUGUCCAUACUGAAAUGAACCAGCUGACAGAGUCAUUGAGGUCACUCAAAAAAAUGACAACCAGCCUUCUCAGCAGCAUGCAGCCAAAUACAACAGUGGUUGAUACGAGGAAGAGUAUAACCAUCGUGGGUAAUACACGGACGACUGGGUUUGCCUUCGGCUCUUCAGAGGUAACUCUCAAGCGCUCCCAGGCAAAUGUGAGCAAAGAGGAAGAGAACAGUCACCUCCUUAAACUCAUGAAGGACUUUGAACAGUGGUUACAUGUAGAAAAUGCCAAACUGAGCAAGAUUCUUGUCACGAAACCCUCCAGUUGUGAAGAAGUUAAAGCAAUACAGAGCAAGCUGAAGGAGCUACAGUCUCGUGUUCCUGAGGGGCAGUGUCUUUUUGAAGAUCUCCUUAGUCUUCAGACAGUUGUCGGGACCUCUGAAGACGUGGAGGACCUGCGUUAUCAAUGGAUGCUCUAUAAAUCUAAACUCAAAAACUCCAGCAGCUCAUUGACUCCUAGAUCUUUGGAAGAACCUGAUGGAUUCAGAAAGAGAUGUCCAGGGGGGAUGUGUCCUUUCCUGCACCGCGUGUGCUGGGCAGCGCUGCCGCUGCAGAUACUCCUGCUGUUCUUGCUGCUCCUGGCGUUUCUGCUCCCCCUAGUGGAGGAGACCCACAGCUGCAAGCUUGCCAACAACUUUGCCCGCUCCUUCAACUUGAUGCUGAGAUAUGAAGGCCCUCCUCCAACUUAACUCCUCUACAGGCACGUGGCGAGAAGUGACUGGCUUAGACAUCCAGGCUGCUUUUUCCUAGGUGUCUUGACUAUUGCUAAUCCUCUAAAUCUAGGGCUUCUAACAUGGCCACCAGAUUAACUGGAAACAUCAACAAAUAAAUGCCGUAUAAGGUUAGUCCAUAUAAAUCAGGUAUUAACAGUUAGAGCUAAAUUAAUAUUUUUACAAUAUUAUAUGAAUAUAUUUAUACUAUGAGUGUGUGUGUAUAUAUAUAUAUAUAUUGUGUGUAUAUAACUAUAAUGAAAAACAUCUAAACUCCACUGUUUUGCUCUAAUCCUGCAAUAUUUUUGCUUCUGCCUUUGUUCAGCAACGAAUAGCAGAUAUUUUAAAAAACUGAGUUCUUGGUGUUUACAACUGAAAUCAAAGUGAGUGUGAGAAAAUAAGGGAUGUUCUGUGGAAUCAUGUGCCAGGAAAAAUUGUCUCUGAGAGUGAGAUGCAAUGGAAUCAUGUUUAAAUACGCUGUUUAACAUUAGGCUUUAGCAAAAGGGGAAGUUUCUAUUUGGGAUUAGUAGCUAGUUUUUCUAUUGCUUGAUCCAGUCACCACUGUUGUCAAUGCAAAAAUUUCCAUUGACAUGGGUGUGAGACCAGGCCCACAGUAUAUUCAAAUGCUCUUUGUGACAGUCUACCAACUUUUUCUAAUGCUUUGUCUUCUGUCACUCCUGAAGUCAGAGAGGUAAAAUCAGGCAAGGAAAGCUGAAAAUAAUGGGGCAUUUUUCUAAACCUCACUCUAAACCAAAUUGUAAUUUUUAUUUUAUUUUGUGCAGCUACAGUAUACAAAGCUCUGUGUAGCAGUGAGCUGUGCAAAAGAGAAAAAUAUGAUCUUGUCCCCCCCCCUUUUAAACUAUGAAGAUCAUCCACACGAAUGGUUUUGGCACAGAAAUUGCUCUGGGAUGGACCACAUGAUCUGGACAAUGCGAUGUAGCUUGUCUCAGCAUCAGCAUACAAACUGGCCAAAGCACAGAAAUACAUUAACAAAUGCAGUCAGUAGACAUGAUUCCUUCCUAGCCGGCAUUAUGUCAGUGGUUUGCUAACAAAACGUGACAUGGUGUAAUUGCAUCAAGCACAAUUGUACUACAAGUUUUUAAAAAGGCUGAGGUCUGGGACACUGAGGAUUGUCAUCCUUUUACCUAGCCUCGGGCCUGUUUUCAUCAGCUCUUCUUUUUUAACAGGAAUGUCUGCGCUCAAUAUGCUUUUUAAUGGAAGUGCAGUUCACAGUGUUAUUAUGAGGAAACAACCAUUUCAUGGUGGUGUUUUACCUAAUGGGAGCCUGCGUCUUGUCCAAAGGCGGGAAAGGGGAUUGUUUCAAAUACUUUGCGGCACUUCUUUGGUUCGCCCCCAUUUUUCCUGUUCAUUUUUAUCCUCAGAGGCAUAGUCAUCGGACUGUCAGUCAAAAAAUCUGAGCUAGUUUCCCCUGGCCUGGCGAUUUCUUCGGAUGAAAUUUGAAUUCUAGGUAGUGGCAACUGACUUUUUGUCUCUCUCCAAACAGAAUUGUACCAAUUCUAUAGUGGGUACGCACUACUGUAGACUUGUAGGUGGGACUCACUUUUUUUUGUACCAUAAAACCUACAAGAGGUUCAUUACAUCCUGCCAUAUUCUACUCUGCAUACAAAACACCAAUCCCCUAUCGUAAUACAUGGGACUUCUGUGCCAAAAUAAAAGGUAGAAUAUGGCCCAUCGUUACAUAUGUUACAUUAUUGGAAGUAAAUUAUGUACUAACUACAGACCCAAUUCCAUUAAGUAUAAUGGUAAUUACAUGGAACAUAAGAAAGGCCAUACUGGGUUAGACCAAAGGUCCAUCUGGCCUAGUAUCCUGUCUUCCGACAGUGGCCAACGCCAGGUGCCCCAGAGGGAAUGAACAGAACGGGUCAUCGUCAAGUGAUCCAUCCCCUGUCACCCAUUCGCAGCUUCUGGCAAACAGAGGCUAGGGAUACCAUCGGCCCCUCCUGGCUAAUAGCUAUUAAUGGACCUAUCCUCCAUGAAUUUACGUAGUUCUUUUUUGAACCCUGUUAUAGUCUUGGCCUUCACAACAUCUUCUGGCAAAGAGUUCCACAGGUUGACUGUCUGUUGUGUGCUACCUCUGCCUACUAUGUCAAUAAUUAUGAAGAGCUGAAACAACAAAGUUUAGAUCUGAGAUUCCCCCAAAGUCUUUUUUUUUUUAAAUUGAUAAAGAGAGGAAAUGAGGGAAGAGAGGACAGGGUAGCAUAGGAGGGAGAAGAUAUUGAGGAGUUCUGAAUAGAAGGGAAUAGGCAGCAGUGGGGGGAGAGAGGUAAGAAGGUAGGUGCAGAUAGAGAAGAGAGGUGGAAGAAGAAAGAAUAGGGUCUGAAAAAGGAAGGCACGAACAGUAAGAAUAUAGAAUGUAAAGAACAAUCUCUAUUAGGGUCCAUCUAGUCCAGUGGUCUUCAAUCUUUUUUCAUUUGCAGACCCCUAAAAAUCUUUGAAUGGAGGUGCAGUCCCAUUUGGAAAUCUUAGACAUAGUCUGUAGACCCCAAGGAGUCCACGGACCACAGUUUGAAAGCCAAUGUCCUAUGGCAACAGCAACCUUUCGUGGACCCCUUAGACAUAGUCUGCGGAUCCCCAGUGGUCCAUGGACCACAUGUUGAAAAUCACUGAUCUAGUCCAUCUCUAUGCCUAUGCAGGAUUAUUUCCCAUUGUACAUUGUCCAGUCUAAUUUCAAAUGUCCAUGUGGUGGGGCCUCUACCUUUUCUCUGAGGAGACCAUUCCCCUGCAGAGAGCUCUCACUGUCAGGGAGGUCUUAUCUACACAAUCAUUUUUCUUCAUGCUUCCUGCAGUUGCAGUGACACCAGGAUCAGCAAAGGUGGGAGUUCUAAUACAGUGAGAAUACUGGUGUUCUAACAAACAUGUUGUCUAACCUCCUCAGAGCAGGUGGAGAGGACAAGGUGGUCAAAUGGCUAGCUGCUGCUCAUGGCCCACCUACACUGGAGUGAGAUCAUUGCUAGAACUGGUCAAAAUGUUUUAAAUUUAGGAAUUCUGAUGAAAAAUGGCAUUGAAAUUUUGAAAAUCAGCUCCAAAAAAAAAAGGAAACAGUUAUUUUUGUACAUUUUUCAGUCAACUAGGAAAUUAGAAGGAAAAAUGCAUGAGUAGGCAGAGCCAGAGGGGAGAAAUGCAGCAGAAGGAGGAGCAGAGGAGGAUCUGAAGCAAUGUCAAUUAAAAUCUGGCAGUUAAGAGCUAGGAGAAGAGAGAGGAGACAGGUGACUUAAAGCAGAAAGGUGACAAGAAGAGGAAAUUGUGAAAGACAAAUAAGGGGUUUAAAUAUAAACAGGAAGGAAAGAAAGGCAUCAAGCUGUGUCCUCCUUCGCAAAGGAGACAGGUGGAAAGGAACUAUAAUUCACAAGUGAUGCAGCAAAUGAAUUCCUUCUUUGCAACUGUUAUUUCCAGCAGAAGAGAGAGACACAUCCACCUCUCCCCCAGUUAGCUGGUUCAAGAGCCAUGCAAAUUCUGCUCUGUGCAGCAAGGAUUUAAUCAUCUAAGCUCUGAACCAUGUGCAUCUCCCACCUCCAUUUCAAACCAUUUCAAUGUGUACAAAGAACCAGAAGGGGGAUGGGGCAGGAUAGAGAUAUAACAGUGUUUGUAGCAUAGCCACUUUCUGCUUCUUUGAGGGGUGUUGUGGUCAGGAAAUUAAAUAAAACAGGAUGAAAGGCAGGAGAGAAAAAGAAUUAUAACAAGUGGGAAAAGUUAGUUAAGGUGAAGAUCAAGGAGGAAACGGUCAGGUUUUUUGCAUGAAAAUUACAGAAUCUCCCAAGAGUUUCUGGGCACCGGCCUUUCUUGUCUGGAUUGUUUUUGAGUUCAGCAGUGGAUCUUACAAGCAUUGGCAAUACAAAUGUAGGGGACAUUAAAGAAAUUAUUUCCAUGCAAAGGGUCUUACGAAAAUAAAUUCCAUGUCACCUUAAAGUUUCAAUGUUGGGGCAGGUUUAAAAAAAAUCUAAAUUAGAACCACACUUUUGCCACUGGGGUUUUGCAUUUAAUUUAUUCUUUAACAUCUCUGCUGUAAAUCUUGGAGUUUUUCUGUAAACAAACUAAGCAAUACAAAUAUCUUAUAGCAGAGGUGAAUCUUUCCCUGUUUUUCAUGGAAAUCAGCUCAAACAUUAGGCUCAGAUUUCUCUCUUACACCAGUUUUAUGCUGGAGUAACUUCAUUUAUCUCAGUGGAGUUACUCCCAGUUUACAUUGGUGUAAGAAAAAUGUAAAUCAGGUCCUUUGUGGUGUGAGGGUGGGUUGGUGGGGGGGGGGGGG